AUGCGCGGCGAGGAGAAGGACUUGGAUGAGCUCUUGGAUGAAGUCGAGUCCAGGUUUUUCAGACGCGACCCAAUGACACCGGACGUGGACCAGCGGCCCGAGGGCGGCGGCGGCGGCGGCGGCACCCACAACAGCAACUGGAACCUAACCCAGGCGAAAGAGAAUCUAAGAUCAACAGAAACGUUUAAAAAAGAAGAUGAUCUUGAUGGUCUUAUUAAUGAAAUAUUUGAAGAGCCCAACUUUGACAAAAAAACUUUUCAGAAAUUAAAAUCUAAAUCUUCAUGUGACACAUCUGUCAGAGCUUGUCUUCAAGCCCCGCAUAAAAGUUGCAGCCCAGUGUACCUCGGUGGAAGCACAGUUCCAUGUGGGAUUGGAACACAUACUUCACAGAGAGCAUGUGACUGUCUACGUUGUAUAGCCUGUGAUUUCAGGGUAGUGAGCUACAAUGACUACAUGUGGGACAAAUCAUGUGAUUAUCUGUUUUUCAGGAACAACAUGCCAGAAUUCCACAAGUUAAAAGCAAAGUUGGUAAAGAAGAAAGGAACACGGGCAUAUGCCUGCCAGUGUAGCUGGAGAACUGUGGAAGAACUGACGGACCUGCAGACAGAGCAUCAGCUUCGUUGGGUUUGUGGUAAACAUUAGGGAUGCACUUUGCUCAUUUGUGUAAAGGCAUCCAUGAACCCAGCCUCCAGCCGUCCUGUUUAUGUGGAAGUACAUAGCAAAGGGUGAUUUUCAUUUAACUACACACAUUUUUGAAGACCAGAUGGACCGAGGAAGACCGUGUACUCUUAACAUUUUGGAAUUACUCCUUUUUGAUAUAUGGAUGUUUCACUUGGUAAGAUAACAAACACCCAAAUUCUUUACUAGCCUGUCUCCUAUUAAAUGGACAUUUAAUUAUGGACUUUGGUACAAACGUAUAGCCUGUCAUUAGCAGUUGUGGCCUUGCUUCCUGGUAUAGUUGGUGUAAACUUUGUGUGUAGUAGGAAGGGGAGGAAGCUGGUCAGGGCAGAGAGGUCACUGCAGGAGUUUACAGCACCUCCUCCAGCCAGAGCUGUGGUUUCCAGAGAUCCUAAUGCAGAUGGCAAAAGCCACAAGAUCGUGUCCAGCUGAAGGGUUGUCAGGAGUACUGCGCGUUCCAGAAUACUGCCUUCUAGCUCAUCUUACCUCACAUCUUACAGCAGUGUUAUGCACAAUAACAAGUGCAUAGUGACAGUUUUAUCUUAUUUCACUUUUUGUUGAUCUAAAUAUCAGAUCUUGAUAUUUGGGGGGGGUUGGUACUGGGGAAUCAAACUCAGGACCUUGCGCUUAGAUAUUUAGGCUUCUAUCUGAACACAUACCCUUUAUAUAAAAAAGUCUUUGGCAUACCUAAAAUCACAAAAAUCCUGCUGCAACUUGUUGGAUUUUUCAAGUACUCUUUAGCCUUUAAUGCUUAAAAUGUCAUCAAGUGAAAGUAAAAGCAUUUUUUCAGGCAGCCUGAGACUCUUCUGCUAGGAUCAGGUUGAUACAUUAUUUAUUAAAUGAAUUCACGAAAGAGACAUAAGGUAUAACAUACCAGCAGUUAGCCUAUUGGGAUUCUUGAUAUGACUGAGACUUAGGGAAGGAAAUCAGUUACUUCACAGCACCCAGAUCCCAGCCCUGUCAAGAGAUGGGGGAUUUUCCAGUCUGCCCAAACUCCUAAUACAAGUCUACAGUUUGGUUCAAAUUUGUGACACAGGAUGCACAGAAAAGGAGGAAUUUUUAACAGAGUUAUGAUCAACUUGGUCUUAUGCCAGUUCCAUUUCAGUGCCAUUCUACAGCAAGGAAUAUCUGAUUAUUAAAAGCCUCCUAGUGGUGUAAUCCCAGCACUCUGGGAGGCUGAAGCAGGAGGGUCCCAAGUGUGAGUCUAGCCCAGGCAACUUAGUGAGGCCCUUCCUUAAAAUUUUUUGGCUCAGUGCAAAGGCCUUGGGUUCAGUCUACAGUAUUGGGGGAAAAGGAGUGUUUGUGUAGCCGUGACACAUUGUAAAACUUACUGUGGUUAAAUCUGGCGCUGCAACAGAACAGCUUACAGUGGCUGAUGCUCACAUUUUUGUAUUAAAGAUAUGUUUGCAGAUUUUAUCUGUCAAUAAAAAAAUUUAAUUUCCAUAAUUAUAUGUGUGUAAUUGUGUCAGAAAUAUUGAGGAUUUGGAUUAAAAUAAUUUCUUCCAAAACAUGGCAGGCCAACAAGAUCCAUGUAUUCAGGACCUCAUGGACUUUGCCAUGUUUAUCAUAAUUAUGAUCAUUUCUUUUAUAUCAGUGAGCAAACUUUCUAAAUCAUUAAUUUGUAAAUAUUUUAACCAAUUUUUCUUCUAAAGGGAUGAAAUUGUCCUGUUCUAUUAUUUCUGUUCUGAAACCUGGACAUGUUACUCAUGUUUGACAUUCGUAACAUAGUAAUUAUAAUAAUUCUCUAAUGUCAGAAACUCAUAUUUGAGUUUUGUUGGCAAUUUAUAAGGUCUUCAAUAUUGCACUUUUUAUCUAAAAUAUAGAAAUUAUUGUUUUGUUUGUUUUGGUUUUUUGAGACAGGG